AUGCGUUUGUGGUUUGCUGCAGCAGCAACACCAGCAGCAGCCCCCGCAUCCCCAUCAGCAGCAGCAGCAGCACAACCAGCAGCAGCACCAGCAGCAGCAGCAGCACCAACACCAGCACCAGCACCAGCAGCAGCAGCAGCAGCAGCAGCAGCAGCAGCAUAUACUAUAUAUGAUGCUGAUUUGUCUCCUUUGCCUGAGGGGCUGCAGCAGUUUGCAUGCUGGAGGGAAGUGGGGUUGUGGUUCAGCAGCAGCAGAGCAGCAGCAAUUGCUGCUGCUGCUGCUGUGCCGUCUCUCCGAGCAGCAGCAGCAGCAACAGCAGCAGGAGAUCUAUCAGCAGCAGCAGCAGCAGCAGCAGCAGCAUUAGGCCCAGCAGCAGCAACAACAGAAGCAACAACAGCAGCAGCAGCAGCAGCAGCAGAGAAUGAAGAAUGUAUAGAUAUAUUUAAUGAGCUGCUGUGCAGCACUAGGACCAGCAGCAGCAACAACAGAAACAACAACAGCAGCAGCAGCAGCAGCAGCAGAGAAUGA